UAUCACUCAUGCAUCGGCAACCACCACCUGCAGCUACGCUAGCGCUGCUUGCUUGCGCUUGUGAACAGUUUUGGUACGGUACAGGUUUUUGACGAUCGUACACAACCUCCAUGGUAUGCAUCUGUUGAGUGAAGAGUAACUACAUACAUUUGUAAGCAUUACUUCAAUACUUGCAACAAGUACAUUUAGCAAGGGGAAGACAGCAGUACAUCUUCAAGUACAGAUUUACACCACUGCAAUCAUGAUGCGCUGUGUAGCAGUGCUCCUGCUGGCAGCGUGUGUCAGCGUUCAGGCAGACACCUACAUGCACAACCCUAGAGGCUCCAACAACAGACUGAAUGAGAGGUCGGCAAAUCGCAACAAUGGCAACAGAAUGUUUGACUCGCAGAACAACAACAGAGGUGGUUACAAUGUGGGUGAUUCAACGGACCAAGCAUCCGGGAAUGAGGCCCAACAGUAUAGAAUGAAAUAUUUUGAAAGCGGCCCCUACAAGACCAUGGUGGCUGACGGUCAGCUGACGGGCCAGGGCCAGAGCCUGAUGACCAUUGAAUGGACCAAUCAGCACGGCUGUGGGGGCGAUGAGGACACAGACCCACACAAGCUCAACUGCAACAUUGUCCUGCAGUACAUGUGCCAAGAGGAUAGCGUAACAGGUGACGACGCAAUUCGUAAUGGGCGGACCACCCAAACACAGAACCACAACCGCAUCAACAACCUCAACGAAAACCAGAACACCGCUAAUAAUCGCAAGAACAAUGCUGUAAGGGACGAUCGCGGUCUGCAUGAGAUGUGGGACUGGUACGACAAGUGCUAUAACAGGGAGCGUAAUAUGGGGCUGUUCACGGCCGACCAGAAACUGAAAACCAAUAACGGCAACGGCUACAGCUCAGCUAUCUACACCCGCCAGAACCCCAACGGCAACCGACGUGGCUACGAGUGCCCGGAGGAGAGGGACUAUUACCCUUACUGGCACCCCUCCCCCUGGAAGGACAUGGCCAUCCUCGUCAGUAAUCAGAGUCUGUGCGAGUUCUACCAGUCGGAGAGCUUCAAUGUCAAACAGAAGUACGAGUGCGUAGAAACUUACGGCGCUGGAAACACUGGAACCGCCAAGCACUGGUCUCGAUGGAACAAUGAAGCAGAGUGCACUGAGAAUGGUGGCCAGUGGCUGGCCUUCACAAACUACCUGGAGAAAGCCCCUCAGCUCACCACCCAGGCAGCCUGUGAAGCGAAUUCGGGCACCAACGGGAUGCGGUACGUGUGGGGCCGGCCCGAGGGCGAGACAGCCGAACAAUGCCUGGUGGCGCUGGAUCCCCCAGACUGCCAGCCAGCACCCUGGACACGGGUCAACCACCUGGGGAACACCAGAGGCGGGCAGGCCAGCCGCUACGAGUGGACCAUGCCGUACUUCCCAUCGGACAACACCCAGCGCUGCGUGAUGCGUCUCAGAUACAAUAUCACCACUGAUGACUACGAUCCGAUAAAUACUGACGCAAGUCAAAACCAAAACAUAAAUGCUGGUGUGCUGUCGCCGAUAGAGCAGAAUCCCUACGUGGACAUCGGAGCUGACAGACUGGCCCUACGCCUGGCUAUCAACACAGCCCAAUAUGGCCGCACCUUCCAGGACCGCUCCCAUGCUUUCCUUAUCAUGCCACGCCCUGCUGGUGCAGACAUGGCGGCGGCCAAGAUCUUCAAUCUGAAUGUGCGGGGGAAGCGGGGCAACAUUGUCCAGGUGUACCCGGCCGUGGAGUACGACUUCAUCCCCAAUGACUUGGAGAUCAACCAAGGGGAUCUUGUACAUAUUCAGUGGACAGGUUCCAAUACCCACAACAACAAUGCACCGGGGGGUGAUGGACAGACUGGGGAUGCUGGUGAAGGGAGAGGAGGCACGGAUCGCUCUAACAUUGUGCAGAUGCUAGACAGACUGGAGAACUUCCCCAUGCCCUUUGAGCAGACUACCAUGUGGACCGAGGCACAGGUCAAGUGGAUCUACACCGGCACCACUAACAUGGAGCCCAUGGAUCUAGCUGUCAACAUUGCCAGCUCCGGUUACUACGAGUGCAUGAAAGCUGCCACGUGCCAGGGUGAUUCGGUCCAAAACAAGAACAAGAUGAACAACCUGUUGAACAACGCCCCGGCGUCCUAUGGGGGCGCCCUGAUCGAGUUUGCGCAGGGCGAGUACUUUUACAUGGGCAGCCGCAACAACAACUUCAGCAACCGAAGCCAAAAGGGAAGGCUCAUGAUCAAGUAGGCGCUCCGAAGACAUUGAUGACAGCAACGUCUGAUUUCAAAGAACACUUUCUUGAAGCUCGGGUUGUGUCCAAAUUAUAGACCAUUGUCAUGUUGUGGCCAUCUUGAUUUGUCCCAUUAAAAUCAACGUAACCAAAGCGAGGUUGGUAGAAAAAUUAGUCUGGUUCCUUUUUGCACACAAAAAUUAUCAUUCAGUACUGUUGUUGGAUACAGGGCACAUGAUCGAAAUGGUGGCAGCAUGACAAGGGUCUAUUGAGGUACCUCCAGCAUUAACACACUAGCCGAAAGUUUGACCAGGGAACAUGAACUUUGUAUGUUAUCAUUACCCAUAGUGACUGGAUUUACCACGUAGCUAAAUUGUUCAGUUGAAUUCCGAUAGUGGUUUUCAAUAAACUCUGAAUUAUUCUGCCCAAAUGUAUUAAUGAAGAUAUCAAAAUUAUUAUGAUUUGUAUUUGUAUAUUUUAGAUCACACGUCACUCAUCUACAUGUACUUAUAGAUAAUAUAAACUAAUCCACUUUUUAGUACUGUCACAUGUGCCUUGUUUUUAUAUAUUGUAUGUCUUUCAUAUCAGAGUUAUGCAUUAUUCUAGUAAAAUAUCGUCUUUAUAUUUCACAUGAAUGUAUAUACCAUGUCAUAUACAUGUACUUCGGUUCAAAACAAAGUUUAAGCGAAAAAAAAAAGGAAUCCACAAAAACAAGUAAUUGUAAUUCAAUGAAACACUCCUUGUCUACUGUUAAUACCGAUCAGCAUUUUAUAAUUGUACUGAUACUUAAUUUUGCUAGUAUAUUUUUUAUUUUCCUAUAAAAUUAGGUAAUGAUUGUAAAGUAACACAGAGAUAAAGGGCUACAUGCAGUGCUUUGCUUUAAUGAAUAUAUUUUAAGUACAAGUCUUCACAGAUUAUAUUUGAUUACGAAUCUCAGUCGAAAUGAGUAUAAAGUUUGUCUUGGCAGUAGGAACGUUUAAAUCACAUUUGUAUCUAGAUCAAAUCGAAAUGUAUUCCUCGUGCACUAUUAGGUUGUUUUCUAGAAACUUUGAAGGCACGUUCUGCCUUGAAUUUCCAUUUCAAUGACUUAAAUAUUCACACCUUCAGAAACUGGUGAUACUGCCAAGAAUACUGAUUACAAUGAUUCAAAUUCCCAUCAGGUUUUUAUAGUAUAAUAUAAAUUGUGCAAGGCAUUCUUUUGGGUACUUUCUGAUAUACAAGUCUGCUGGUUCAGACGUUUUGGAAGUUGGAAUAAAACUCACGCAAUAUUAAA